AUGAAUAUUGAAAACAAGAUCUUCGGAGCAAUCCACCAUGCAAGGAUCGCCAUCGCUGUGUUCUCCGCAAACUUUGCCCACUCCAAGUGGUGCAUGAACGAGCUGGUCGAGAUCCUCAACUGCAGAAGGGACCACCACCUCGUAUUUAUUCCCAUCUUUUACAUUCGCUUGGCUGAGGUUAAGACGUUGAGGGAAAGCAAAUUCGAGCAAGCCCUCGAGAAAUUCGAUGUGAAAGAGAGAGAUAAUAAGCAGAGAGACUGGAAGGCCGCCAUAGCAGAGGCUACAGAAAUUCAUGGUUUCGAAUUGGAGAAUGACGCCCAUGGCAAUGAAGCGGCACUCAUUGAUCUACUAGUCGACCGCAUUGAGGUUCGGCCUCUCGACUCUGUGGAAAACGCAAUUCCUCGUCCACAUCAUGUUAAGGUUUGUAGGCCUUCUGGAGGCAAAGGCGAGAAAUCCUGGGAUUUUGCUGGUAUAAAAGGGAUUGAUGUUCACCACGCAGACUACACCGAGUCCAUCACUUUUGAAGACGACUAAGCCACCAGCUCCGAACCGCAUAUGGCGGGAGAGUUCUUUCAAGGUUAAAAUGAAAAAUGGAGAAUACAUAACUUCUUUUGCUGGAUAUUUCAAAAAUGCAAAUGAUAGUGGCGCUCUAAUCAACUUGCUCAAAUUUUGAACCAACAGAAGAAUAUCGGGACCCAUUGGUAGAGAGGAAGGGGCAUAUUCUCCUUCCCAUCGAAAGCUGGGAAACUCAUCAGCUUUUUUAGGACAAGUGAUGAUUUUCUUGAAUUUUUUUUUUGGACAAGUAAUUUUUUUUUUCUUGAAUUUACUGGAGCACAAGUUGAG